UCAACUUCAAAUCAGCCAUUGCCCACUGCCUUCAUACCCAAACCCCAAUAGCCAUGGUGUCUCAUAAACGUCUUCUGAUGAAUACAUUCUCCCUCUUUCUUGUCUUUCAAUUCUGCCACUCCAUUGACACCAUAACCGCAAAUCAAUCUAUCACCGACGACGGCGACAGUCAAAUCCUAGUCUCUGCUGGAAAGCACUUCGUUUUAGGAUUCUUCAGCCCCGGAAAUUCUAGUAACCGGUACGUCGGGAUAUGGUAUAACGCUUCAAAACAGAUGGUAGUGUGGGUCGCUAAUAGAGAAAAGCCAAUUAAGGGCUCGACCGGAGUUUUCAAGAUCAGCCGAGAAGGAAAUCUUGUUAUCAUCGACCGAAAUCAGGAGGGUCCCCCUCUGUGGUCGGCCAAUAACAUUUCGAUUCCCUCCAACAAAUAUUUCGCCAAGCUAUUAGACAACGGAAAUCUGGUUCUUAGUCCUCAAGAUGAUAGCGGAAAUAUUGUAUGGCAGAGCUUCGACUACCCUACACAUACGCACCUUCCUGGGAUGCAACUCGGCUUCAACAGACAAACCGGCAAAAAUAAGUCCCUAACAUCUUGGAAGUCCCCAGACGACCCGGCAUCUGGGGAUUAUUCAUUGCAGCUCGAUCCACAAGGAUCCCCACAAUUAUUCUUGUACAAGGGUUCAGUUCCGGUUUGGCGAAGUGGUCCAUGGAUGGGUGAUAACUGGAGCGGCGUACAUCAGCCGAUGGGCACCUUCUUCCAUUACCAGUACGUGAACAGUAGUGAUGAGGUUUAUGUGACGUACAAUAACACAGCUAACUUUACCUUCUCGAUUUACGCCGUAUUCAUGUUGAACGACUCCGGCUCAUUCCAAUGGCUAAUAUGGAGUAACGUCCAGCCUGUAUGGACACGAUACUGGGAAGCACUCAAGGAACGAUGCGACGAGUACGGACGGUGCGGAGGGUACAGUAGCUGCACCACCAACGCAAACAACGGUUUUGAGUGCGCGUGUGUGCCAGGAUUCCAACCCAAUAAGUCUGGUGCUGCUGCAGGGGGAGAUGGGUCGGAAGGGUGCGUGAGGGAGAGAAGAUUAGAAUGUGGCCUUGGGAAGGCAGAGGAGGAGUUCUUGAAAUUGGAACACGUGAAGCUGCCGGAUACGGUGGCCGCUCGAGUACUGAAUGACAGAAGUAUGAGCCAAGAGGAGUGCGAGAAGGAAUGCUUGAGCAACUGCAAUUGCACUGGUUACAGCAAAGUAAACAUUAGCGGAGGGGGAAGUGGAAGCGGCUGCAUGUCUUGGUACGGAGAACUGAUGGAUAUCCGACACUAUUCAGAUGGAGGACAGGAUUUAUACGUACGUGUAGCAAGAAGAAAUUCAAAAGGUUUUAACAAGAGGCGGAUGUUGGUAGCUCUUUUAACGGUACCUGUUAUAUUACUUGCAUUUAUCCUGUGUUGUUACUACUUGUUGCAGAAGAGACAAAGGAAAGUUACGACUAAGAUGCAACCACAUCAGGAGCUCUUGUUUAAUUCCAAUGCUAAUCCAGAGGAAUUUAAAAGUUCCUUUGUGGCUGCUGAGCUUCAAGAAGCUGAGAUAAAUUCAGAAUUGUCAUUCUUUGAUUUAAGUGUCGUAGUAGCUGCUACAGAUAACUUUUCCUCCAGCAAUAAGCUUGGACAAGGUGGUUUUGGCCCAGUUUAUAAGGGUCGUCUAUCUAAUGGACAAGAAAUUGCAGUGAAAAGGCUAUCCAAAUAUUCAGGACAAGGAAUAGUAGAAUUUAAAAAUGAAGUCAUGUUGAUUGCCAAACUUCAGCAUAGGAAUCUAGUUAGGCUUUUAGGUUGCUGUAUUCAAGAUGAAGAAAAGAUGUUGAUUUAUGAAUACAUGCCCAACAAAAGCUUGGAUUACUUUCUUUUCGAUGAAACUAGAAGACAGCUCCUGCAAUGGGAAAAACGCCUUGAAAUCAUAGUAGGAAUUGCUCGAGGAGUUCUUUAUCUUCAUCAAGAUUCAUUAUUGAGAAUUAUUCACAGGGACCUAAAAGCCAGCAAUAUUCUUUUAGAUUCUGAUAUGAACCCAAAAAUUUCAGACUUUGGUAUGGCCAGAAUAUUUGGAAGGAGCCAAACGGAAGCCAACACCAACAGAGUAGUGGGAACAUACGGUUACAUGUCACCGGAGUAUGCAAUGGAUGGGCUAUUCUCUGUAAAAUCUGAUGUAUUUAGUUUCGGGGUCUUACUGUUAGAGAUCAUCAGUGGCAAGAAGAACACUGGCUAUAAUUACAAGGAUCCCUACAUGAAUUUGAUAGGACAUGCAUGGGAACUAUGGAGAGAAGGAAAAGGAUUGGACAUAGUUGAUUCGUGUAUGGGUGAGGGCGAUUGCUAUCCUGGAGAUGAAGUGUUGAGGUGCAUUCAUGUUGGUCUCUUGUGUGUUCAAGAAAGUCCGUCGGACAGGCCUACCAUGUCCAACGUUGUUUUUAUGCUUUCCAAUCAAACUAUUAUGCCACCUCCUAAUCAACCUGCUUUUAUAAUGAAGAGAGCUCCAUAUGCAGACUCAUCAUCAUCUGCCACAGGAACAGCAUCUUGCUCCAUUAAUGAAGUCACAAUUAGUGUGGUUGAAGGUCGUUAGACCUGCAUGCAUUGUUCAAUGCAAGCUGUUGUUUCAUGGUACUUAAUUUGUAGCUGGAUUCAACUAUAUAUGUGUAAGGUAUUAAUAUUAUUAAACCCA